CUUCCGGUCGCCCUGAAUUCUGCAAAGCCGCUCUAACUUCAGAAAUGGAAAAAAAAAUGAGCCUCGCAGGUUUAUUUCCAUCGGUUUCUACACAUUUACAAUACGUUCAAAGUUCAAACACCAUCGAGCAACUGCAGAGGUCGCACAGGGGAGCCGACUCUGUCCCUGGAACGCUGAAGGCGCCAACACCGCCGGCUACCUUUCCCCGGGCAGCUAUGGAAGGAAAGAAAAAAAUUGCAGCGAAGGUUGGGUGUACAGGAGUUGCUUUUGAGCCACUAAGGAGUGAAGAACGAAUCAGGUAAGAUCAUUAUCGUCGCAGGACACCCCCGUCCCCUUUCUCCUCCAUACGAUCUUGAAGAGUAAGGGAAGUGAACUGCCAAGAUCAAGGUGACCACAUAACGGAAGGCAGAAUUCCCAUAAACCAGAAACUUUAGGGGACAAGAGCCCCCCCCCCCGACCCUGGAACGCUUCCAGUUAACAAGGAAUAGUUCCUUUUGCACAUGCCCCAUUCAUAAAAAACAGUUUAAAACUACGCCAUCUGGGUAUUAGUGUGGGAUACACCCUUUCAUUUCAGCCCUGGAUCAGAUCCGAAUGUCUACCAGACUUCCAGGGCUAACCGCCCCCCGCCUCCUUCUUCUCCCUCCCCCCAAUUCUUCCGUGUAAUCUUCAAUAGCGUAUAAACUAUUUAGCAAAUGAGGCAAUCCAUCUAACGCAUUUACUUCCCGGGCCAGACUACAAGUUUCGAGGGGUGGAGGGGGAAGUGAAGAGAGAGAAGAGAAAUGGUUUAUAAAAACAUUUCUGCAUAGAAGAGGCGUAGCUGCAAAUUAUGAUUGCUGAAACCGUUGGAAAGGGAGGGAGGACCUGUUUUCUUGAGACCAUAAAAAUGCAACUUAGACAGGGAGGAGCUUGGAGGGAAACCGCGCCAAGAAAACAUUCCUGAGAUGCUUGAGAAUUCCUGGUGCUUGAGAAUUCUGGAACGCUCAACGUCACAGUGCAGCACGCGGCGGCGGCGGCUCGGCAUAUAAGCAGCUGCUCCCUCGCAGAGCCUCCUCAGACGGCAAAGGGAUCCCCGAGGAGUGCGACCCUUAGCGCGGAGCAGCCUCAAGCAGGGACGGCAGCCUUUCUUCCUUUCCUUCCCCUCCCGAUUGCUCCAAGAAGAAGCAGCAAGACGAGGCUUAUCGUCCCUGCAGGACUCGCCUCCUUUUAAAAGCCCCCACCUGAGCCGAGUCACUUUGCCCCCAGCCGUGCAGUUUUUUGAGGCAGGGAGAUUGUUCAGACACUCUCUCGCUUUGUUUUUCCCGAGUGUGUUUUUCUCCGGUUUGAGUUGGAAGGAAAAAGACCAGACUUUCUUCCUUAAAAAGCAGUGAUGAACUCUCAGACUACCAGCUUCAUCCUGGCUCUUGCCCUUCUUCAGUUUGUGAAUAGGGCAGUUUCUUCCUGCCCUUCUGCUUGCCGAUGUCCUCUGGAGAUCCCUCGAUGCGCCCCCGGAGUUGGUCUGGUUCUGGAUGGCUGCGGAUGCUGUAAAGUCUGUGCUAAGCAGCUCAACGAGGACUGUAGCAAGAUGCAGCCUUGUGAUCACACCAAGGGGCUGGAAUGCAAUUUUGGUGCCAGUUCCACAGCUCCAAAGGGGAUCUGCAGAGCACAGUUAGAAGGGAGACCCUGUGAAUACAACUCCAAAAUUUAUCAGAAUGGAGAAAGUUUUCAGCCCAACUGCAAGCACCAGUGUACGUGCAUUGAUGGAGCUGUGGGCUGUAUCCCCCUGUGCCCACAAGAACUCUCCCUUCCUAACUUGGGCUGCCCUAACCCAAGGCUAGUGAAAGUCCCAGGCCAGUGCUGUGAGGAAUGGGUCUGUGAUGAGUCCAAAGAUGUCCUUGAGGAGCUGGAAGGUUUCUUUGGCAAAGAAUUUAGACUGGAUGCUUCUGAAGGGGAAUUAACCAGGAACAACGAGCUAAUAGCCAUUGUGAAAGGAGGGCUGAAAAUACUACCUGUCUUUGAGUCUGAGCCGCGCAGUCACUCAUUUGAGAAUCCAAAAUGCAUUGUGCAGACAACCUCAUGGUCGCAGUGUUCAAAGACCUGUGGGACUGGCGUCUCCACCCGAGUAACCAAUGACAACCCUGACUGCAGACUAGUCAAAGAAACCAGGAUAUGUGAAGUGAGGCCUUGUGGGCAGCCUAGCUAUGACUCCUUAAAGAAGGGAAAAAAAUGCACCAAGACCAAAAAAUCCCAAGAUCCAGUGAAGUUCACGUAUGCAGGAUGCUCCAGUGUUAAGAAGUACCGCCCCAAGUACUGUGGCUCUUGCGUGGACAGCAGAUGCUGCACUCCUCAGCAGACCAGGACUGUCAAGAUCCGUUUUCGUUGUGAUGACGGGGAGACCUUCACUAAGAAUGUUAUGAUGAUCCAGUCUUGCAGAUGCAACUACAAUUGUCCCCAUGCAAACGAGGCCUACCCUAACUACCGGCUAUUUAAUGAUAUCCACAAAUUUAGGGACUAAGUGGUGAUGCAUGCAGGCUUGUGGAAGAGGCUUGGGUUUUUCUUUUUUGUUGUUUUUUACAAAAAAUGUUUUUGAAGUAACAACAGUGGAAAAAUGAACUCUGAUGGAAGUGGUGCCUUUGCCCAUGGGAGGGCAACACUGAGACACGAGAAUUCACUGUGCAACUGGAUACUAAUGCAACAGUUUGAGCAUACUUAAAGCUUCAUAAUAUUGGAGCAAUCUUAUUGCUUCAUUUUGGAGCACUUUCAUGAUUACUGAUUUCUGUUUGUAACUGAUUGUUUAAACGUUUGUCUGUCUGUCCUGGAUAUGAAAACCUUCAGUUCUCUACUGUUCAGCAUAACAUCGCAUGUCUGUUGUUCCAAACUCAUAUUGGAGGUUACAUUCCUUCCUAAGGUGGGCACUUUUGGUGUUCUCAUCUCUGGCAGCUAUAGGUACCAGCUAUAUAAUUCAUACCCGCAAACAGAAAUUGGUGGGCUUUAAAGCUGAAUAUUUUAUUUAUCAAAAUGUAGCUUUUUUGAGGAAAAAAUCCCUAAUACUGGAAUAAGUUGUAAAUGAUUUAAUUUUAUAUUCAAUGAAUUAAGAGAAUUUAUUUAUGGAAUUAAUCAUUUAAUAAAGAAAUAUUUACCUAA